UUUUUUUUUUAUAUCCCACCCUCUGCGGCGACUCCAUUAAUGUCUCAUAUUGUUAGAAGAGGCCCUAUGCGGGCGGCUGUGCAUGAUCGCUGAGGCACGCCAUCCUGUCUGCUUACAGUGAGGUAGCUUAGAUUAUCCCCUUGGGACCUCUCUGACCUAGGUAGGCUGUAGGCCCCUUUCGCCGCCCCCCCUUUUUUUAUUUUAAUUUCCAUUUGUAAAGUUACGUGGUUUAUCGAUCGACACGGGCUUUCACCAGGCGAGGACCGGGGCAUAUUCUCUCUUCUCGCCACCCGAUGGAACCCCAAGCAGCAACGCAGAGAACCGCAUCUGAGGCACACGCUGCCAAAAGGCUACGCCUGGCUUGCGACUCCUGUCAUGGCUCAAAGGUUCGAUGCUCUGGCGGGGACCCAUGUGCGAGGUGCCGUGACGGCAAUCUGGAGUGCCAGUAUAGCUACAUGAGCAGGUUAGGCAAGCCAAAAGGCAGCCGCAACAAGAAGACACUCGAGAAGCUGGCCGCCACGGCGCCCGGGGCGGCAGUCCCACAUGCCCACACCGGCAGCCUAGACCCGUAUCCGGCACUCAGCGACGAAAUACAGCUUUCCUCGCACUCAGGCACUUUCGAUGUCUCGCGAGGAUCCGAGGCCUAUGCUUUGCCAGGAUGGAUGGACGCGGACUUGAUGGGAUUUAGUGGCACCUUGGACGCGGUCUGGCCAGAGGAGCGGUCGCUAAAUAUGCACUCAUCGCAGCGGGGCUUGCUGAGCCAGCCAACAGAAAAGCUUCCGUGGGGCAUGUCUGGCCCUCAAAAGGACCAGUCCAGUGCCGUCGCCGCCAACACCACCACCACCCACGAUACUAUGUUGAGCGUCUCGGAGGACUCCGAGGGAGACGACCAACGCAUCUGUUCCACUGCAGAAUGGCGGGGAUUCGUCCCGCGCAGUGCCCCUGACGGGAAGCGCCCGUGGGAGGACCCGACCGAGACAGACACGACCGACACGUUGGUCGCGACCGGACGGAGCCCCGCGUCGGCAUCUAAUGAGGUGGGCGAGAUGGGCUGUUGCAGCUGCUUAAAGAGACUCACCGACCACUUAUGCCACCUUAACACGAUAGAGCGCAAGCAAGAUAUCAUCUGCCUGGACACGACGCUAUCCAAGACAGAUACGACCCUGAGCUGCGCCGAGAGCGUGCUCGAGUGUCACCACUGCCGCCUCGACUCAAAGGUGGUACUGCUCAUCAUGACGGUGCUGCAGACCGCCCUGAACUGGCUCAGCGUAGAGUACAGGCACGGGACAUACGCGCGCCGCCGCCUCCCUCCAAUCCACUUCGGCAGCUGGAGGGUGCCCGAGGCGGACGGCGACCUCAUCAAGAAGCUGCUGACGAGCCGAAUUUUGGCCACGAGCGACUCCGUGGCCAGCACGCUGCGUCUGCGGAUGGACGAGAUCACCCUCAAGGCGAGCAAGCAAAAUAUGAGCUCUCGGUUCAUGGACGCCGAGUCCUUGCAGCAGACGCUGCAGCGUUUGACGUCGUCACUGAGGGAGCUUGCCGAGCAUGUGAAAAGCUGAAUUCCUUAAUCUCAUGCAC